AGUGUUAUGCUCGCCGCGAACGUUUUCGCACAGUGUAUAUUAAAUAGUUUGUCGAGGCGGGUUUCUCAAAAAAGAAAAAAAAAAAAAAAAUUAUUAUUUAUCAGUGAUUAUUAAUUUUUUUUUUUCGUGGUAAAUUUUUUUUUUUUUAAUUAUACAAAAAUAGUUCAGUGUGACUUUUUGGGUAUUUAAAAAAAAUUUUUUUUUUUUUUUGUUAUUGUUGUUGUUUGUUAUUCUUAUUGCAUUCAUCGCUACCGACAAAUUCUGUGAGUUUCAUUCAGCUUGAAUAAUAUUAUAAUUAGAAGAAAAUAAAGGAACUGAUCAAUAAUAUACAAUCGUGGGGAAAGGGAAGUGAAUUAUGAUUGGUUGACAUGCAUUGUUACUAAACAAAAGGAAAGGUUAAACAGCACUGAUGAGGCUUAAAAUGAAAGGAGGUGAAAAUUAAAGGAAACAACACAACGAACAGCAGCAACCUGUCUCGUUUCUUGAGAACAGUCACAUUUUCCGCAUUAAGAUGACAUAGAAUGGGUUGGGUGGCGCUAGGGCGGCGUGCGGGUGGUGGCGGCCGCCUCGCACCAAUCCUCUCGCUGUCUCUCGCCUCCCUUGCAAGUUCCCUUGUCUUCAGCACUUUUUGCAUCCUUACACUUGCCCUCACUCUCGCCAGCCUCGUCAGUGCUGACGACAUUUUCGAGGAAGGAAAAUCGGACAAGGAGAUUCUGGAUAACCUGCUGCUGUCGACGCGGUACGACAAACGGCUUCUGCCUCCGGUCCAAGGUACACUGAGGCCCCCGCCCCACACCCGCCACGACGAGUACAUCCCCGACCAUGAAUCCAAUGACCCCGACAACCCCGAGCACCUCGAACAUCACCGGCACCACUACCACCACACAUCACCACACAACUACAGUUCACUGUUCACCCUUCGUCGAACCUUGACCGUUAACGUGAGUGUACUGCUCUUAAGUCUCGCAUCACCUGACGAGUCCAGUUUGAAAUACGAGGUGGAGUUUCUUUUGCAGCAGCAGUGGUACGAUCCACGAUUGCGUUACAGUAACAGAUCACGUUACGAAUUUCUGAACGCAAUCCACCAUCACAACGAUAUCUGGCUCCCAGACACGUACUUCAUCAUGCACGGAGAUUUCAAGGAUCCCCUUAUACCGGUCCACUUUGCCCUGCGAAUCUAUCGCAAUGGCACUGUCAACUAUCUAAUGCGGCGCCAUCUAAUCCUCUCCUGUCAGGGUAGACUUAACAUUUUCCCAUUCGAUGACCCAUUGUGUUCAUUCGCUAUCGAGAGCAUAUCCUAUGAGCAAACGGCUAUUACAUACGUUUGGAAGAACGACGAGGGCACGUUACGGAAAAGCCCCAGUCUAACGACACUGAAUGCAUACCUUAUUCAAAAUCAGACAAUCACAUGUCCCAUCAAAGCCAGUUGGAGAGACAGACAGCUGAUGGCUGAUUACGAGGACGAGUUCGAUGAUUUUGGGGACACUAGGUGCUCACUGUGCCAGCGCAGAUUUGAAGAACAAGGUAACUAUAGCUGCCUGAAGGUGGACCUGAUGUUCACAAGAGAUAGAGCCUUCUAUUUCACGACCGUCUUCAUCCCUGGGAUUAUCCUGGUGACGAGCUCCUUUAUCACGUUUUGGCUUGAGUGGAACGCCGUACCAGCUCGAGUCAUGAUUGGUGUCACGACGAUGCUCAAUUUCUUCACGACGUCGAACGGCUUCCGGUCGACACUUCCUGUCGUUUCGAAUCUGACUGCAAUGAAUGUAUGGGACGGCGUUUGUAUGUGUUUCAUCUAUGCAAGUCUAUUAGAAUUUGUUUGCGUCAAUUACGUAGGUCGCAAAAGGCCGUUGCACAACGUCGUCUACCGCCCAGGCGAAAAUCCCGUGACCCAGCGGCUUCCAGCGGUGCUCAGCAGGAUAGGGAUUAUAUUGGCCAGCCCUUUGAAACGAGAGGGCGGUACAACCACUGGAACUGGCACUGGGGCAAAUGAGAUAGUCGCCUGUACCAAUUGCGGACCAAAUCCUUGUACGCACACAGCUACGAACGGAUGUGCCGCUGAGGUACGGAAAAAAGAACCACCUCAUCCAAUCAGAGUGGCAAAAACGAUAGACGUAAUCGCCAGGAUUACAUUUCCGGCGGCUUAUUUCGUGUUCAUCACGUUUUUCUUCAUACACUACAAGGGUGUUACGUAGGUCGCCGAGAACUUCGAGGUUACAUUAAAAGAACAUUGAAAAAUGAAUCUUUUACGAUUCAAUUAUUGAAUUUGUUAAUAAUUGCGCGGGGGUGAUAAUUAAAAAAAAGACGAUAUUUUUUUCAGAAAAAAAAAAAUUAAUAAAUAAGAAAAAACAUUGCCUCUAGAUACACGUCAAAGAAGAUUAUAAACGAAGCGAACGACAACAUUUAAAUAUAUUAUUGGUAACCUCGAUGCGAAGUAUAAAUAUUAAGAUAGAUGUAUUUUUCAAUGAAAAAAAAACAAAAAAAAAAUUAA